UUGUAUCGCACGGAGCUGGUCGCUUUUGCUGCCUUCCGGUUUUCACCCGCUGAUAGACUCCGCCAUGGCUGCUGAAGUGGGGAAGCUGUCCAAGAACCUGCUGCGUAUGAAGUUUAUGCAGAAGAGCCUUGACCCAGAAACUAAGAAGCAGCUGGAAGAGGACGAGAAGAAGAUAAUCAGCGAUGAGCAUUGGUUCCUGGACCUGCCCGAGCUCAAGGAGAAGGAGAAUUAUAUAAUUGAAGAAAGAAGCUUCCUUCCCUGUGAAGAUUUCCUGUUUGGUCGAAUGUCCUUUAAAGGCUUUAACCCAGAGAUUGAGAAACUGAUGGUGCAGAUGAACUCCAGGGCCACGGAAGAGGACCUUGACGAGGGGAAAAUGGAUGUAGAUGUGUCAGAUGAAGAAAUGGCUCGCAGAUAUGAAUCGUUGGUGGGGACUAUCAAACAGAAAUUUACGAAGAAGAGAGACCGCAAAGCCAUGGUAGAGGAAGACGAAAAUUGUAAUAUCAAAAGCAGUAAAGCCAAGAAAGGCUUCAUCAAACCACAAGACUGAACUCGGCUCUGUUUCAAGAGACGGACUCUAAUCCCGAAAGCUUGAAUGGAAUCCAUUGUACAGUUCAAAAGAAUU